AUGGAGUGGCUGUUUGGACACAGAAUGACUCCCGAGGAGAUGUUGAGGAAGAAUCAGCGAGCUCUGAACAAGGCCAUGAGGGACUUGGACAGAGAGAGGCUCAAGAUGGAACAACAGGAGAAGAAAGUUAUAGCUGAUAUCAAGAAAUUGGCCAAGGACGGCCAGAUGGAUGCUGUUAAAAUAAUGGCAAAGGAUUUGGUGCGCACGCGCCGCUACGUGCGCAAGUUUAUGUUGAUGAAAGCAAACAUUCAGGCUGUGGCACUUAAAAUACAAACACUCAAGUCUCAGAGCAGUAUGGCCCAGGCGAUGCGAGGAGUGACUCGAGCCAUGGCCUCAAUGAAUAGACAACUAAAUGUACCUCAGAUUCAAAAGAUAUUACAGGAGUUUGAAAAGCAGUCGGAAAUUAUGGAUAUGAAGGAGGAAAUGAUGAAUGACUCGAUUGACGACGCUAUGGAGGGUGAUGAUGACGAAGAAGAAAGUGAUGCGGUUGUGUCUCAAAUAUUGGAUGAGCUUGGUCUUCAGCUCAACGAUCAAUUGUCAGGGUUGCCACAAGCCACUGGCUCGCUGUCUAUAUCAGCUAAGACCCCAGCUGCGCCGGUGGCUGCAGGCGGCGCGGGCGGUGCGGGAGGCCCGGGCGGAGCCCUAAGCGACGCUGACGCAGAGUUACAGGCGCGACUCGACAAUUUACGUCGAGAGUAA